GUAAUUAUGUCUCUCCUCCUUCUAUGCAUGGAGGUAGAAAAGUUAUUCGUUCAUCCAUGGCCCUUUCCUCUAGCCUUUAAAUCUCCCGUAGUGGGUAAGGGUUCUUUAUUGUACGAACCAACCAAGUGCAAGCGGUGUAAGCGCCAGAACAAGAAAUCAAAUCCGGAACUAGCAAGCAAGCGUUGCGCGUCUCUGGCUAGCAGCACCUCGAAUGUUGUGGACCGUUGUCGUCGUCCUUGUAAUUGCCGGGAAGAAGCCUUGAGCCGGAAUUUAGCGCGUUGUUGCCAAUACAUUUUCUCCAAUGCAAGAGGGGGCGGACAGCGUCAGCGACUGUAUAUUUCGCGUGCCACCGACGCUGACUGGGAGGAUCUGGCCAUGGCCGACCGACCACAGAGCAUGAUGGGCAAUGCGUCGAUGAGCUUCAACAUGCUCGUACAGUGUGCCACCUCACAGAUCGAGCACAUUCGCAAGUCCGAGGUGUACCAGGUGUACCUGAAAGACAACCCCACGCUGUCGGCGUGUGGAGCUGUUGUGCUGGGCAUUCUCAGCCUGCCGGCACUGACCUUUCUCAGCUUCAUCAUUGUACUUUGCCUUCUCACAUUUAUGGGCUUCCUCUUUAUCGAAGGCACCCUGAUCACAUUCGGUGUGAUUGUCACUGCUGGCAUCCUGUUCUUCAUUGGCACCUUUGUGGCAAGCUUUGGCUGCUGCCUCUACGCCAUCUUCUAUGUACUUCGUACCUUAAAGAUAGUCGGCAACUCAGCAGCCCUAGCCGACAGCACCAAGAAACCAGAAUGAACCAUCUUUGACUAACGGUUGUGCAAUGUUCCUGGUGACACUUCCCGUCCCCCGCUUGUUAUGUGCAUGUUUGUUCUUCUUCGGUAACAUUCUGUGAUAGGCAUUUCUCACACACAUAAAAAAAAUUGAGGAAGGUGACCAAGUUCAAUCUCCUUUCUCAUUGUGAAGAUUGUGUUGUUAUCAUUGGGUUCAAGCAUGUGUUCUUUUUUUUUAGGUCAAACAAAAAUAAGAACAAUGGGAACAAGCCGCUGGUCGGUAGCAAUGUGUUCUUGUCUUUCUUUUCCUCUUCUACUUUUUUGUCACUUUGGAGAGACCACAUGUUGGAAGCAUCCUGGGUUGAAUGCUGCAUACCAUGCAGACUGUAGCAUAGUGUGUCGCAUGCAGAUUGGGUUCUGUAGUAGGACGAUAUAAUGGGUCAUGUUUUAUUGUGCGAGACUGAGGGUCUGCUUUUCUUCAUAAAAUUAAAGUAAUUUCAACACA